AUGUCUUUUUCUCCAGAGAGCAGUAUGGAGUUUAAUCAUGAGCAAAAAAAGCAGACUUUGAUGGUUUCUGACAUAACAACCCAAGUGGUUCCCGAUAUAAACCAUACAACACAUUCAUCUCCUAGUGUGGUUGAUCAUCCAGAUGAGGAAAAACUAGAGGAGAAAAAGUUUCAAUUAGAAGAGGCGGAUGAGUUGGCUUUACACAGACUCCUCAAUGAUUUUGAUGGAGGAGCAGAGAAGGAGUACCACAGCUUUGAACAUGUGGAACCCCCACCUGGGUUUAGGUUCAGCCCCACCGACUUUGAUCUAGUCAUGCAUUACUUGAUCAGGAAGGUCUUGAAUCAUCCCUUGCCUUGGAAUCGGAUUGUGGAUGUUCAACUCUAUGACCACAGCCCCGAGUGGCUUGCAGAAGAGUACAAGCAAUAUGGACAAAACAAAUGGUACUUUUUUACUCCAAGGGAACGAAAGUAUCGAAAUGGAAAGCACCCAAAUCGAGCCGCAGGUGAUGGAUAUUGGAAGGCCACCGGAACUGACACUGCAAUCAAAUUCAAGGAACUUGUAGUUGGGUAUAAGAAGAAACUUGUUUUCUAUAGAGGAAAAGCUCCAAAGGGUGACAAGACCGAUUGGAUAAUGAAUGAAUAUAGAAUCAAUCAUGCUCCUGUAACUAAAACAAGUGAAACUGACAUGAGGUUGGAUAAAUGGGUUUUGUGUAUGAUUUAUCAGAAAAAUGAGAGCAAAUCAAGCAAGACUCAUACUCAAAAGGCUUAUCCCACAUCUUCACAUGCUAAUGAUAGAAAUGAGCCAAUGAAAAAUGUUGAUAUGAAAAUAGUUGAAGUUUUGGAUUUUAUAAGUCAGUCCUACCAAAAUGUACCUGCUUUUGCUCAUAUGCAUGUGAGUAGGUUCCCUAAUGGGUUUCGAGCAAUGGCUGGCAAAUAUGGAACUCUUCCUCAUGAUAAUAUAACUAGUAGCUUUCCUAAUCUGUUUCAAACUGAGGCUAGCAACUAUGGAACUCUUCCUCAUGAUAAUAUAACUAGUAGCUUUCCUAAUCUUUUUCAAACUUUGGCUAGCAACUAUGGAACUCCUCAUGCUCUUACGGUUAGUAAUUUCCAUAAUCAGUUUCAAGGUGUGGCUAGCAAUCAUGAAACUGCUCCUCAAAUGGUUGAACCAUUUUACUCUAGGCAACCUUUAUUGCAUUCUACAGAAUUGAAUGCAACGGUUGGCAAUUAUGAGACUUCUAUCAAGAAAGGCGAACCCAUUUCCUAUAUGCCUACUUUAGGGCAUUCGAGCUUUUCGACAAAUGAAUCGAGUGGAUACUUGUCUUCAACUUCGGUCUUUGCCACAAAUGAAUGGAGUAAACACAUGCAUUUGACUUCAACCUUUUCUCCAAAUGAUACCAGCCAUUCGGUUGAAUCAAGUGGAUAUCAAGAAAACAAGGACACUUCAAAACAUGGGGAUUACAGCUUAGCAUCAGAUCCAUAA